CGCAUUUACCGCGGUCCUUAUAAAACUGUUUAGCUGAACUACAGGAGCCAGUAGCUUCUGCUGGCAGCGCAGCGGAGGUGACAUCACGCGUCUCGUGUUGACAACUAGGCAGCAGCCGCUGCUCCUCAAUGGAAAGAAAGCACCGCAGCCAUUAGCCAAACCCCGACCUUCCUGAGUUUGAGGGCAGUCUAUGCAAGACGAUGCUGCGUGAUUACCGCUAAUCCCAACAGCUGUAAACGGGCAUCUCGCUUGUGCUACUCUGAUCCUCCAAACAGGCAACCCUCGUAUCUUUUUUCCCUGCAAAUUCAUGAUGGUGUCGCUUCUGGACUACAGUUAAAAAAAAAAAAAUCAUAGUAAUCACCGUGCAUUUACAAAAUAAGCUAAUGUUUACAAUUAAUGAGAAUGGGGUCCAUCACGGCUUAUCUACAGAUGAUAUGGCACAGGAUGAAGUUGGACCGGGUCAGAGAGCUGGGCCGACAGUAUCCAGUCUUCUGCUUUCUGUUGUUGCUCUUAUUGCUGUCCACUGUGCUUUUAAAUAGAUAUAUUCACAUUAUAAUGGUGUUUUGGUCCUUCCUGGCUGGAGUUGUCACUUUCUACUGCUCAUUGGGACCUGAGUCUUUACUGCCCAACAUCAUAGUCUCCAUUAAACCAAAAAACAAGACUUUCCAGCAGGAGUUGUUUCCGCUGGGCCACAGUUGUGCUGUUUGUGGAAAAAUUAAAUGCAAGAGGCACAGACCGACUUUAUUACUGGAAAACUAUCAACCCUGGCUUGACCUUAAAAUCCCUUCUAAAGUGGAUACUUCUCUCUCAGAGAUCCUGGAGCUUGUUCUGGAAAACUUUGUGUAUCCUUGGUACAGAGACAUCACAGAUGAUGAAGCGUUUGUCGAUGAGCUAAGGGUGACUUUGCGUUUUUUUGCGGCUGUGUUGGUUCGCCGAAUCCAGAAGGUGGACGUGGCUUCUCUCAUCACACAAAAACUUCUCAAAGUUUCCAUGAAACACAUUGAAAUAAUCAGCAAAGCGAGGCAGAAAGUAAAGAAUGCAGAAUAUCUUCAACAAGCUUCCCUGGAGGAAUAUGGUCCUGAUCUCCAUAUGGCCCUUCGAAGUCGCAGAGAUGAGCUUCUGUACCUCAGGAAGCUGACUGAGAUACUUUUCCCUUACAUCUUGCCACCCAAGGCCACAGACUGCAGAUCUCUUACUCUCCUGAUAAGGGAAGUCUUGGCUGGUUCUGUCUUCCUUCCUUCAAUGGACUACUUGGCUGAUCCUGAUACAGUGAAUCAUUUAAUUUUGAUAUUUAUCGACAACACCCCUCCUGAAGAAGCCACAGAGCCCACUUCAACUUUAGUUCCUUUUCUACAAAAGUACUCUGAACCUCGGAACAAAAAGCUCUCCGUGUUGAAGCUAGAGUUAAAGGAAAUCAGAGAACAACAGGAUCUUCUCUUUCGUUUCAUGAACUUUCUAAAACAAGAAGGGGCUGUCCAUGUCCUCCAGUUCUGUCUUGCAGUCGAGGAAUUCAACGACAGGAUUUUGUGCCCAGAGCUGUCCGACUCAGAGAAGAUGAUGCUCCAUGAGGAAGUGAAGAAGAUCUAUGAGACUUACUGCUUGGACGAAAGUGUCGACAAGAUUCGCUUCGACCCCUUCAUAGUGGAAGAAAUACGAAACAUUGCUGAGGGUCCAUAUGUGGAGGUGGUGAAACUGCAGACCAUGAGGUGCUUAUUUGAAGCCUACGAGCAUGUUCUCUCUCUGCUGGAGAAUGUUUUCACCCCCAUGUUCUGCCACAGUGAUGAGUACUUUCGCCAGCUUCUGCGAGGGGCCGAGUCCCCUGCCAGAAAUUCAAAGAUGAGCAGUUCCUGGGACUGGAGCCCCGAGUCCCCGUCCUCACUCUUCACCACCUCUGGCAGCUCUUCACCUGCAUCUUUUAACUCCCUCCAUGCCCAGUCCACGUUCACAAACUUCCCAUACGGCUCGCUAUCCCACCGCCACUCAUCUCCCAAGAGCACGUCAAAGAGGGGCGAGUCUUUUGGGAUCAGUCGCAUUGGCAGUAAGAUCAAAGGAGUGUUCAAGAGCACGACUAUGGAGGGAGCCAUGCUGCCAUCCUAUGGGCUGGUGGAGGGAGAAGAUGAUAUGGUGGAAGAAGCCAUGAUGGUGCUGGAGGACGACUCUCCCAUGGAGGCAGCCUCCACCCCGAGCACUCCUCGAAACCUGUCAGCCUGGAGUAUCACAAUCCCCUACAUUGAUUUCUACGAUGAUGACGUGAAGAGGGAGAGGAUUCCUGUCUUCUGUAUCGACGUAGAACGUAACGACCGGAAGGCAGUGGGGCAUGAGACUGAGCACUGGUCUGUGUACAGAAGAUAUCUGGAGUUUUAUGUCCUUGAAUCAAAGCUCACUGAAUUUCAUGGUUCAUUUCCGGAUGCACAGCUGCCCUCAAAGAGAAUAAUUGGUCCUAAAAAUUAUGAAUUUCUAACAUCCAAGCGGGAAGAGUUUCAGGAAUACCUGCAGAAACUUCUUCAGCAUCCUGAGCUGAGCAACAGCCAGCUGCUGGCUGACUUCCUGUCUCCACAUAGCAUGGAGUCCCAGUUCCUAGACAAGAUGUUACCUGAUGUUAAUCUCGGGAAAAUCAUUAAGUCAGUGCCCAGCAAACUGAUAAAAGAGAAAGGGCAACAUCUGGAGCCUUUCAUCCAGUCUUUCUUCAACUCCUGCGAGUCUCCCAAACCCAAACCCAGCCGGCCUGAGCUCACUAUCCUGAGCCCCACCUCAGAAAAUGAUAAAAAGCUCUUCAAUGAUCUGUUCAAAAACAAUGCCAACCGAUCAGAGAUGACAGAGAAGAGACACAAUCUGAACUACUUCAUGGAAAUGAUCACUGUUGAGGGAGUGUAUGACUACUUAAUGUAUGUGGGACGAGGUGUAUUUCACAUCCCCGACUGGUUGCAUCACCUUCUAAUGGGUGGCAGGAUCCUUUUCAAAAACACCCUGGAAGCCUACACAGAUUAUUACCUACAGUACAAACUGAACCAGGUGGUCCAGGAGCACAGGCUGGUGUCUCUCAUCACCCUACUCAGAGACGCAGUUUUCUGUGAGAGCAGCCCACCCCGCUCGGCCCAUGAAAAACAGAGCAGAGCUAAGAGGACAUUCGAGGAGAUGAUGAGCUAUAUCCCAGAUAUUCUGGGGAAAUGUAUCGGAGAAGAGGCCAAGUAUGAAGGAGUACGUCUUCUUUUCGAUGGACUCCAGCAGCCAGUUCUCAACAAACAGCUCACAUAUGUACUGCUGGAUAUUGCCAUUCAAGAACUUUUCCCAGAGCUAAACAAGGUACAAAAGGAGACGUCUCUGAUGGCUCCGUGGAUGUAAAAUGUAAAGUGAUUCCUUACCUUAGGUUAACAUAGUGGUCUACCAUCAGCUCAUCCUUUGCCCUGAAACACAGACCCUGGUAUUAACAUGCAUUUUAGGUUAUCCACAGUACAAGUAGAAAGCACCAAGAAGCUCAAUCCUGAGCUACAUUCAGUGACCUGAACCACAGUCUUACGUCUUUGGUGUGACAAACAUUUUCUGUGUUACGUGACAGAUGGAAUAUUAGAAACAAACGAAAGAAUAAAAAACAAAAUGAUAGAUUUAUUACUUUUUAAAUGCUCUGAGUGCAA